AUGGCCUUCGCUACAGCUGAGGCGUGCGACAUCAACUCACACUUGAUACAGAAUGGAGAACUUCGGGCCCUCCAACCAAUCUUCCAGAUAUAUGGUCGGCGGCAGGUCUUCUCCGGUCAGAUUGUGACCCUGAAGGUCUUCGAGGACAACGUUCUGGUGCGAGAAUUCCUUGAGGAGAGAGGAAACGGCAGAGUGCUCGUCGUUGACGGCGGCGGAAGCCUCCGCUGCGCUAUUCUUGGCGGCAACCCUGUCCAGCAAGCGCAGAACAACGGGUGGGCAGGCAUAAUAGUCAACGGGUGUGUGAGAGAUGUUGAUGAGAUAAAUGGGUGUGACAUUGGAGUCAGGGCUCUCGCCUCGCACCCCAUGAAGGCCAACAAGAGGGGAAUCGGCGAGCGGCAUGUGCCCAUACACAUCGGCGGCACAAGGAUUAACGAUGGUGAGUGGCUCUACGCGGACACCGAUGGGAUCCUCAUUUCAAAGGCAGAGCUGAGCGUUUGA